AUGCGUAUGGUAAUCGCGUUGUACGACUAUGAUCCGGCCACCAUGUCGCCGAAUCCGGACGCGAUCAAGGAGGAACUCCCCUUCCGCGAGGGUCAAGUGAUCAAAAUAUUUGGCGGAUGUGACGAAGAUGGCUUUUAUCUGGGUGAGUGUAAUGGACUACGUGGUUUGGUCCCUUCCAAUAUGGUUUCGCAUCCGGAUCGGGAGCUUCCGACAAGUACGCAUGCAAGCGUCAGCGGGGGUGCGAUCAGUGUGGGUGGUCGUCUUCAGUCACGUGCCCCAGACGGAAAAUUAGAUAAUGAACGUCUUCCAUUACGUCCGGACGGUGUGGGAAAUGUACUGCCACCGGGACAAGUAACAAAGCCGCGAAGAGAUGGUGAUUUAGCAAAUGUGCCUCAACGAUCGCAUAAUGUACCGAUCGGAUCUGCCGGCCCGGGGAUGGGACCACAAACAGGAACGGCGUAUGCUCCCGGAACACGUUCAGCAGUACAUCCGUAUGGUCGGACUAUCUCAAGCGAAGGGCCCGACUCCGGAUCGAAUCAAAUCAAACGCAUUCCUUCGGUUAGUGAUGGCACCGUCAUGAACCGAGAAUACAUGGAUUCCGGUGGUCCAUCGAUGGGUUACGGCAAACCAAUGAGUCCAUCAGGUCAAGGAUCUUACCGAUCGGGUCCAGUUGGUGUUGGUCAAUCUCGUUCCGGUACGGUGCCUCCGGAUCAAACCGCUGGUCCAUUUCCGACGGCAGAUAGACCCAACCGAGCCCAGUCGGUACGAAGUAUGGUUGCGAUCUACGAUUAUGAUCCCCACGUACUCAGCCCGAAUGCAGAUGCAGAGAUGGAACUUUCUUUCCGCACGGGAGAUCAUAUCACGGUUUACGGAGAGAUGGAUGAAGAUGGUUUCUAUGCCGGAGAGACAGCCGAUGGUCGUCGUGGUCUGGUUCCAUCCAAUUUUCUACGUGAACUACCCAGUGGUUCUGGGCCAAUUCCAAGUUCAACCAACUCAUCUCGACCGUUGUUGAUGCGUGACCAACGAACCCGUGGUAGUCAGAAUUCCAUAGCUCGAGUGACAAAACCGUAUGAGGAUAGGGGCUAUAAAACAGGCAGAGUCAGUCCUCAAGCCCCGUCGAUACCAUCUGAGCCGAAUCCGCAGCAAAUGGAACGUGGUUUCGGCUAUGAUGCCCCAAGUCGAAUGCCACCCCAGGCUCGUGGAGGGGCUCCAGUCCCAGCCACACGCCGUCCAGACGACCCUUAUGGUAUCGGUCCGAACUCUGAGAGGACUCCGAGGAACGCCAAUACGGGACCCUACUCAGCGCAAGCCGGAUGCUCUCCACCAACUUCCAGUCGUUUUGCUUCGAUGGAUUCCCAGCAUCAGAGCGUUCCACGUGAUUCUGCCGAACAUCCAGGAGGUUACCCUGAUAGAUACGCGGCACAAUGGAGCAGAGAUAACGGGAUGGAUGAUAGUGACCUUCCCGGAUUUCCCCCAGAGAUGAAUGACGGUCAUCAAAACAAACGAAUACCAUCUGCCUACGCGGGUUAUCGAGGAGCACAAACAAUUGACAAAGGUCUCCCGUCAGAUUCCGCUUAUCCCAGCGAGGAAGCGCCCGGCUCGAAUCAAAGACGACGGUCGACUAUACGUGGCCUGUUCAAAUAG